UUUUUGUCUUCAAUUUGAUUGUGGGAGCUGGCGUACUGGCUAUGCCCAAAGCGUUUGCAGAUGCUGGUUGGUUGGCGGGAACAAUAUUCAUUAUUAUAUUGUGCUUCUUCAGGAAAUCGUCUGAUGUAAGCAUCCAAAGCUUUAGAGGCUAUACCAGUGCGAUGUGACACUUCUUUCUGCAAGUCACUGUCUGCUGCAAUGCAGUUGCCAAGCUUCGUCACAUCUACAUUCAUGGUUGAAGCAAUGGCACUUGGAAAUGCAUGGCUACAAAUUUCAGGAGGAAGCCCAGACAGUGAUGAUGAAUCUGAGACGUCAGUUCAAGCUUUAGUUUUUUCUCAAAAGUCUGACGACAAUUUCUCAAGGAGAUCUUUACUAACAACAAGCAACAAACAGCCAAAGAACUUGUUUACAAUCUCAGAUAGGAUUGAAAUGGGUCAACUGGCUACGUUCUUUUUCAAUCGAGUUGGAAUUGUUCUCUACUACUUGUGUAUUGUUGUGUACUUGUAUGGAGACCUGGCCAUUUAUGCUACUGCAAUUCCUAAGGCAUUGACAUCUGUUGUUUGCGGAAGCAAUGGUAGAUCUACAAACAAAACUGCAAAUCAUACAUCAGUCAAUGACAGUCGAACAGACAAUUGCUUCGGUCCGCAUACUGUGACGAAGAAACAAGCAUAUUAUAUAUUUCUGCUAGGCUUCACUUUGAUUUUGGGACCAUUCGUUUUCUUCAACGUUCAGAAAACAAAAUAUCUUCAAAUUUUUACAUCUGCUACUCGCUAUAUUGCAUUGGUGUUGAUGGUUGUGGUUUCACUCAUCGACAUAUUGAAGAAUGGAAAUCGUGUCAAACCGACACUGUUUAGAGUCACACAUCUUCCAAAUCUGUUUGGAGCUCUUGUGUAUGCAUUUAUGUGUCAGCACUCGUUGCCAUCGAUGAUCACCCCCAUCAAAAACAAGAAGGGUCUCACAGCAAUGUUGGGGUUUGACUUCAUUGCUGUCACAUUGUUCUAUGUUUUGAUUGUGUAUACGGCUAUCACGCGAUUUCCACCAGGACUGAUCGACGACGAGUACACCAACAACUUUCAUCUUGAUACACACGUGACUAAAGCCUACGCUUUUGAUGUAUUCUCUUCUUAUUUCAUUCAACUUUUUCCGGUGUUCACACUGAGUACAAACUUUCCCAUCAUUGGGGUUACUCUCCGGAACAAUCUCAAGUCUUUGUUUUAUCGCGAAGGACGCAAGUUUCCAUUCGUCGUUGAUCGAAUUGUCUUUCCUCUUCUAGCUGUUCUUCCUCCAGUGGCUGUGGCUUUUGCUACCGACAAUUUGGGGAUUUUGGUUGGUAUAACUGGAUCGUAUGCGGGCGUGGGAGUUCAGUAUGUUAUCCCUGCUAUGCUGGUGUGGUGUGGACGUCGACAACUGGCAACUCGAGGGGUGAAUAAGAUCAAUCAUCACGAGUCGGUAUUUAGUGGAAACGUGUGGAUAGUGGUAGUUUGCUUUUGGUCUGUUGCUUCGUGGCUGAUCGUGACAGUCAAUAACAUUGUAAGUCGUUUGUAGAUUGUUUUGUACGACAAGCGUAUUACCAGCUUUGAAGUCAAGUAUGUGGAUUAACUUAAUAAUAUAUAAAUUAAAUUCGUGUGUCGUAUU